AUGGCAUCAUUACCCAAGAGAAUAAUCAAGGAAACUGAGAAAUUAGUAAGUGACCCAGUACCUGGCAUUACAGCAGAACCACAUGACGACAACUUACGUUACUUCCAAGUAACAAUCGAAGGCCCAGAACAGUCACCAUAUGAAGACGGUAUUUUCGAAUUAGAAUUAUAUCUGCCUGACGACUAUCCAAUGGAAGCACCGAAAGUACGUUUUUUAACCAAGAUAUAUCAUCCCAAUAUUGAUAGGUUGGGCCGUAUAUGUCUUGAUGUGCUUAAAACUAAUUGGUCACCCGCUUUACAGAUCAGAACCGUCCUGCUGUCCAUUCAAGCACUGUUGGCUAGCCCUAAUCCUAAUGAUCCGCUAGCUAAUGACGUCGCUGAAGAUUGGAUAAAGAAUGAGCAAGGUGCCAAAGCUAAGGCUCGCGAAUGGACGAAAUUGUAUGCAAAGAAGAAACCCGAGUGA